CGAAAGAAAGGAACAAAAUUCUGGGGCAUCACAAUUUAAUACUUUAUUAUUUUGUAGAAAGAUGCAAGAUAGCUUUUCGUAGUCAUUGCAAAGCUAGAUACGGCGAUUCCAUGGAUUAUAAGAGAAAGACAAUGAAGAAACCGGCCUAUUUCACGGAUGCCCAGUGGACGACAUACACCGAUGCCUGGACGCUUCCUUAGAAUAUCAUGGUUUCUAAGAGGUGCUCGAAAAAUCGUAGACAGGCGCGGGAGAAGGCCUUUGGAACACAUUGUAAUGGUUGUAUUCCAUUUGAAGAGGCAGACUGAGGAAAACAACGGGAUAUUACCUACAUUUGUAGAUGUCUUUGGUAAGACCCACACAUUCAGAACAAAAGAUUCACAAGGGAUGGUUUCGCAACACGCCACUCAGAUUAAUGAUGAUAUUAUGAGAAGGGCCAGGGAAUUAAGAGCUGAAUGGACAGACAAUCCGGAUUUAGAUGCCAUCUUCUUGGAGCUUCAUGGGAAGGUGAAGAAGAGAAAGCAGAUUCCCGGUGCAGGAAGUGUAACAAAAUUAUACUUCCCAUCAGCAUAUGCAUCUGGCCGUUCAACUGGCAGCGACCCUGAUAUGCUUGGAUUUUGCACUGUUUUAAGGCCUUUUUUUGGUCUGUUUUUAAUUUCAAAAUCACAAUUCAUGUCAUAUUUUGCAUAUUUUAUCCAUUUUGGUAUUUUGACGUGUUUUGUGAGAAAUGUGCAUAUUUGAGCUUAAAAAGACAGCAAAAAGUCGAAGUUGGAAAUCUGGAGCUUUCAAGACGCCCAGUGGUCCGCUGCAAUACAGCCAGCGACCGUUGGGGCCCAACGACCGCUGAGCCAGUAGCGGUCCGCUCCAAAGAAAGAUGUGCUGAAACAAAGAACACGCCCAACAACCGCUGGGUAGUGCGCUGCAACCGCUCCAAACAAUCCAGAAGCUACGGGAUGAUUUCCAGCGACCGCUACCCAAGAGGCAGAGGCUACGGAUCAAUAUGCAGCGACCGCUGGCCAAGGUGCAUCGGCCCGCUGGAAAAAUGCGGCGCACAGAAUUGACCUACUUUCUCCCCAAGAUUUACCAAACUUAGCCACUUUUUAAUUUAUUUGUUACUCAAAAUUUCCCCUACAAAUACCCCAUCAAACCUCUUCGUUAAGGAUCCCCUUUUUGCCAUCUAAUUCUAGAGCAUAAAUUUGAGAGUUCUUCAUUGUGCAAGGGGUUGAAGAAGGAAGCAAGAGAUCAUCAAAGAGCUACAAGGAUUCAACCUUUGAGUUUUAUUUGCUUUAGCACUAAUGUUCAUU